UGACAUCUCCCGUUCCUGGUAUCGGUUGGCAGCCAGGAUUAUCAGAUCUCUCUUACCGGUCGUCUCGGUCUGGCCGAGUACGUUUUACGAUAUACCGCGCCCUAUAUUCCCGUACCUACCUAGUCAGUAAGGCAAGUGUACAAGGAAGUCGCAUAGAAUUAUUCGUCAACCAUGUCGGCGUACAUAGCGACGGCGAGACGGGGUUCCGCCCACGAGAUCUCGCCCGUGUCCGAGACGACGCCGGACUCGUCGCCCGGGCCGUCUCCAAAGCGGCACUGCCUCCAGGGCCCUCCCCCUUACAGCGCGAUCGAUGCUGCCGCCGCCAUAGGUGGGCUGGCCGCCCGCGCGUGCGAGAAAUGCCGGGCUUCUAAGCGCAAGUGUGACAAGAGGCUGCCCUUCUGCGACCGGUGUAAAAGGCUAAACGCCAAGUGCCAAUACGUGCACGACAUCUCCAGCAGCGCGAACCCGCACGGGGCCCAGUUCGUCAUCUACCAGCCGCGCCCGCUGACGCACGACCCGCUCCUCCGCGCGCCCGAGCCCCUCGACGGCAUCUCCGCCGCGCAGCUGCUGUCGCUCGUCCCCGCGGGCGCGGGCGCGGGACACCCGCCGGUCGACUGGCGCGCCGCCGUCACCAACUACUUCUUCUGCGUGCACCCGUGGUUCGCCGUCGUGCACCCGGCCGUCUUCGAGCGCCAGGCCGCCGCCCUCGUCGCCUCUCUCGCCUCCGGCUCGCCGCCGGGCGAUAGCUACAACAACGCCAUUAACAACAACAGCAAUAACAACAAUAACAAUAAUUACACGCCGCCCUCGGUCCCUAACUCGCGAUCCAACUCGACGUCGACGGCUUCGCGCCGCGAUUCUGUUGCCGGCUUGAACCUCACCCCUAGCUUCGCGGACGCGCUGACGACGGCGUGUCAACAGCAGCAGCAGCAGCAGCCGAAGACGACGACGACGACGAGCACGGACUGGUCGUCGAAGACGGUCGCGCUGCUGGUGCUGGCGAUGUACCUGAACACGCGGAUGCGGCUGACGGUGGAUGCGGGGGAGCAGCCGAUAUUCGACGCGACGUACCGGACGGUAAAGCGGCUGCUGUCGCCUCUGCUCCUGGGCUGCGUCGGGGACCCGCGGCCCAGCGUGGAGCUGGUGCAGGCGGGCGCGCUGCUGGCGCUGUACGAGUACGGGCACGGCGAGAUCGUGACGGCGUACCGGACGCUCAGCCAGGCUGUGGUUACGGCGCGCGUCAUGGAUAUUAAACCUGGGCAGAUUGCUGAUGGUGUGGAUGAUGACGCGCUGAUGCUGAGUGUGGAGGAGGAGCAGAUGGGGUGCUUGUGGUGGGGGAUGUUUAUUCUUGAGCAAUCGAUUCACCAAGACGAAGACGCCAAAGACCUACCCUUCCUCCUCGAAACCCCAACGCGCAACACGCUCCUCCCGGAAACGCCGCCGAUGACGCCUCCGCCGGACGGCCGCAACUUCCCCGUGUCUCCCCCAUCGUCAACAACGGCGACGACGGUGACGCGGCACCUAAGCACAAGCGUGCUCGUCAGCAGCGAGAAGUUCGGCGGGUUCCAGCUGUCGGCGAAAGCAGCGACACUGUUCCACCGCGCGAUCCGCAUCGACAAGGAGCGCGACGAGAGGCCCGGGAAGAUGCCGCUCGUGGCCGCGUACGCGGACCUCGACCGCGAGAUCCGCGAGACUACGCUCACGCUGCUGAACAACACGCUGGAUUGGGAGGGCGUGCUCGAUUGCUUCGCUAUGCUUGUUAGCGCGCUUUUCAUUCUUUACUUGCCGUAUUUGGCUGUGCUUGAGAGUAGCUGUAGCAGCGGUAUGGAUGUAGAAAUGGGGAUGGGCGAUUUACCGCUCCCGGCGCCGCCGGAGACGUUGCAUUCUUACUCGUCUGAGUCGUCGAGCGAGUCGGCCGAAUUCAGCGGGGCUUCUUCUUCUUCCGCGGCGGCGGGCGCGACGAUAGACGGGAUUCCGGGCUCGCACUCCGGUUCGCGCUCGGGGUCGGGGGCAGGAAUAGGAGUAGAGACGGGAUCGUCGAGCCCGGCCGACGCGAUCCUGCGAUCGAAUCCGGAGCUCGACACGGCGGUCAUGGCGCUGCGCUUCGCGUGCAAGAUGUCGACGGACAUCUCGUGCAAGCUCAACGCGGACUACGGCGCGAACCCCAAGUCGCCGGCCCAGCUGUGCGCGCCCGCCGGCGCCACGUGUUACCUGGUGAUCCUCGCGUUCGCGAGCCUCGGCCGCAUCUUCCCCGACAACAGGGCCGAGUGCCAGGAGAACAUCGCGGAGAAGUUCGAGAGCUUGACGCUGUUUAGUUUUCGGUGGGGUAUUGCCGAGAAAAUGAUGUCACAGCUCGAAAAGAAAAUAGGCGUGGAUCGAAGGCAGUAUCUGAAAGGUUCGAAAAUAAGACCGCCGACAUAUGCCGUGGCUUUCGACUUCGGUCGACAGUGACAAGACGCUUUCCCCUGGGGUGCGGGUAGGGUUCGUGUUUGUUGUUGGGUGUGAUGUUUAGGACUUACGACGGAGUAUAACGUUCGCUUAUCUGUUAUGGAAAAAGACCUACGACCUGGGCUCGGAGGUUUAAGC